ACAACAUUCAAUUCCAUUCACUUGCCUCGCAUCACCACUCCAAGCUCACCUUCAAGAUGCUUUCUUCCAUCUUCACCCUCGCAGUGGCUGCUGCUGGCUUUGCCUCUGCUGACUUCGUUCGUUGCGGAACUGAGAACCCCAAUGCCACCCACAUGGCUGAGAUGAACGAGGCCUUCAUGGCUACCGACCUGCAGCGUGUUGUCGCCCAGGCCAUCUCGGUUGACACCUACGUCCACAUUGUGACCACCUCUGCCAAGGAAGGCCAAUACACCCGCGCCAUGGCACAGGAGCAAAUGUCGGUGAUGAACGAUGCCUACUCUGCCAUGGGCAUUUCCUUCAACACCGUCUCCAUCGACAUCACUGUCAACAACGCCUGGGCCGCCGCCGGCCAGGGCAGCAGCGCCGAGACACAGAUGAAGCAAUCCCUCAAGCAAGGCUCCUACGCCGACCUCAACCUCUACUUCCUUUCCGACCUUGGCGGCGGCUUGCUCGGCUUCUGCUACUUCCCUCUCGCCAACCCCACCUCCACCGACCUGGUCCUCGACGGCUGCAUCAACCUCGCAGGCUCCCUUCCCGGCGGUGAUGCCACCAACUACGACGAGGGACUGACUGCCGUGCACGAAGUCGGUCACUGGUUCGGUGUCUACCACGUCUUCCAGGGCCAGAGCUGCAGCGGAUCUGGUGACCAGGUCUCUGACACUCCUAUCCAGCGCACUGCCACCAACGGCUGCCCUGCCAGCCAGGACUCGUGCCCUAACGCUUCCGGUGUCGACUCUAUCCACAACUACAUGGACUACUCGUACGAUGCUUGCAUGACUGAGUGGACCACUGGCCAGAGCGAGCGUGCCAACGCUUUGUACUCUCAGUACCGUGCUGGUAACUAGAUGAUGAUGAUGAUUGAUGAUGAUGACGAUGAUGAUGAUGUUGUUGUUGUUGCUGCUGUUGCAGUUGGGGGAAAGGAGAUGAGCACUUGAUGUCUCAUCAGAUGGAGUGUCGUUGUGGCUGUUGUGGCAAGAGAAAAAAGGUCUUGAAAAUGAAAGUGUUGUCAUUUUGAGUUGUCCAGGAUCAAUUUAGACUUACCGUAACUACCGAUACAUUGAUAGACCAAGGAAUCGCAAC